AUUCUACAGUUUACUCUACUAGCUGUUAGACCAUCACUUUGACAUGUAGUAGCGUCUGUUAUAUUUAUAUUUCUGAUGUUUCACACAUUGCUUUCUUCAUGCAGAACGAGCAAUCCUAGAAUACUUGUUAUGCUCUUCUUGUCAUACGAUUUAAUGCUUAAGGUUAGGGCUUGGGAUUUUCCUAUCGCGCUCUUUGAUACUUUUAUAUAGUCAGACCAACAAAUUCAAAAGGAUUGAAAUCAAUCCAAACAACCAGCCAAAGAUAAAGAUUCUCCUAACAUGGAUUUCUGGCUCCCCCCGCUAUUGAGAAAGUUGCUUUUAUCUUCUUAAGAAAAUUUAUGGUGCCUUCCUCCAAGCUCAUAGUCUCUAGUUGGCUGGAUCCUUUGGCAGACCCUGAUUGUGUAUUUGACCCUCUUUAUUUCUUGAAAGACGGUACACACAUAUUACAAAAUCCUUUUUCUUCCUCUUUUUCUAAGUUAGACCUUAGCUUCAAUUGGAGAUUAACAAACCCCUUAAUUAAACUCCUGAUUUUCCUUCACCUGUGAAUGACUUACCUUAGCUUGUACAAGGAGUAAUUUGAAGACGUCAUUCCCCUAGCUUGCUCAUGAAAGAGGAAGGGGACAAAUCAGAAUCCGUACAUGCUUCAUGUCCUGGCUUUGGAAGGUUUUGUAUGAGGCAAAGUUCAAUGGAACACACCAAUAAGAUAUCCCCUUCCAAGGAAGUUUCAUCUGACAGAAACAAUAAUAUUGAUGCAGAGCAUAUUAUCUCUAAAAUUCGCCGCAAAGCAACGUCGAAGUUGUUGGAACACAUCAAGAAGAUUGUGUUACAGAAUCCCAUAGAGUGCCUUCCACUAUUCAAAGUAGAACUUGAAAAACUCAUCGCUGCCUUUACCGAGUAUGGGAUUGAUCCUUCACCAUUAAAGGUCAAGGUUGACAAGCUCAUGAUGGAUAUUGCUAAUUACAAUUCCAUGCAGUCUGCUUGCUCCGGGAAGAUAGCUCCAGAGGUACAGCAUCAGCGGUUGGCUGACAAUAAAUCUCGUCUUGACAGAGCCUUUAAUCUUCAAACAGCUGAAAAAUGUCACUAUGAAUCGCUACUUGACUUCCUAGCCUCUUCAGAGAAUCGUAGAGAGAAGCUGAAAAGAGAGCAAGAACGAUUGGAGGAGCGGAUAGACAAGCUUCGUGUUUCCAUCUCAGGAAGUGAGUUAAAGAUAGCUGAACAUAAAAAUGCAGUUGAUCGGUUGCUGAAACAGAAAGUCGAAAUUUCAAACACUCCCGUAUUGACUUCUAAAGAUGCUAAAACUUUGAAGAAUCUGAAAGAUUCACUCGAGGGUCAGUGCAAAGGCUUCAAGGACUUUACUUUGAGGUGACAAACGUGCUAGAUUCUCAGUUGCCUUGUUAUAAGAUCAGCUAGUUAGUUUUUGUGAACUAUUCAUAAUGAUCGAUCAUGAUGUACGUGGAGUUUAAUUUC